AUGUCAGAUUCCAACACAACCAACUUCAACCCCUCCACCUUCAUCCUGAUGGGCAUCCCUGGACUGGAGGCAGCCCAUGUCUGGAUCUCCAUUCCCUUCUGUGCGAUGUAUGUAAUAACCAUCCUGGGUAACUUCACCAUCCUGUUCAUUGUGAAGACGGAGCCGAGCCUCCAUAAGCCCAUGUACUAUUUCCUCUGCAUGCUAGCCAUCAGUGACCUGGUCCUGUCCAUGUCCAUCCUGCCCAAAAUGCUGAGCAUCUUCUGGUUCAAUUCCAGGGAGAUCAGUUUCAGUGCCUGCCUCACUCAGCUGUACUUCCUUCACUGCUUCUCAGUGAUGGAGUCUGGGAUCUUCGUGGCCAUGGCUCUGGAUCGCUACGUGGCCAUCUGCCAUCCCCUGAGACAUUCCACCAUCCUGACAAACCCCGUGGUGGCCAAGAUUGGCCUGACCAUAGUGCUGCGCAGUAACAUAUUCAUACUGCCCUAUCCCUUCCUGUUGAGGCAGUGGCCGUAUUGCAGAACCAACAUCAUCCCCCAGCCGUACUGCGCCCACAUGGCCGUGGCGAAGCUGGCCUGUGCCAACACCUGCGUCAGUAGUUACUAUGGCCUCUUUGUGCAAUUCUGUGUGAUGGGUCUGGAUGUGAUUUUCAUUUUCAUAUCCUAUACCCUGCUCCUCAGGGCCAUCUUCAGCCUGCCUACAAAGGAUGCCCGUCUCAAGACUUUUGCGACCUGCAUCUCCCACCUCUGUGCCACCUUAGUCUUUUACAUCCCAGGUCUCUUCUUCUCUCUCACUUACCGGUUUUACCAGAAUGUGCCCCUGCAUUUCAAUGUCCUCAUUGCCAACAUGUACCUCUUGAUGCCCCCCAUGCUAAACCCCAUCAUCUAUGGGGUGAGGAGCAAACAGAUCCGGGACAGGCUGCUCCGGCUCUUUAACAUCGCAUCUCAUGCCUCCACUCCCACGGCCUGCCAGCAGCUUACCCGGAUGAGUCGCAAGUGGCUCGUGGGCCGCCGUGUGAAUACCAGGGCCCUAGUGGGAGAGAUGGAGCUGGACAAUCUCAUUAAAUAUGUGGCCGAGAGCCAGCAACAUCAGCAGGUGUCUGAACUUCAGCAACAACAACUAGUGCAGAAGCUGAGGCCCCCACAACGGCAACUGCUCCAGGACAUGGGGGCGCAACACCAGGAGCAGCAGCAAUAA